GUGCAAUUAUUAAUACAAUAUAUACAGGAAUCAAUCACAGACUCCCACUGCAAUUUUUAAUGCAAUAUAUACAAGAAUCACAGCUUUGUCCAAUCCAAUUUGCUCUGUGGUAACCUGAAGAACAGCAAGUGUGGGAGAAAGGAAUCCAAUCCUCUGCGAGUUCACAAGAAGCUCUUCUUUUAGGUUUACAGAGGUGGAAGUUGCUGUACUUUUGAUGCUCGAGAUGCAAACUAGAAUUUCUUUUGCAUACUUUUGUAUCGCCUUACAAUGUAUGAUCCAAAGCAUAAAUUCUUGUAACUGAAUAUUCAAUUAACUGUUCUUCCCUUGCGUUGGGGGGGUUAAAGGAAUGAAGUCUCGGUUCCUUUUGUUGCCUCUGUUCCUCCAUUUCAUCAUUCAAGCUACAUCUCAAGAACACUCCGAUGUGACGAUCGUAGUGAAGGGAUCUGCUCUAGUGGCCGAAACCAGUGAUAGUUUUGUUUGCGCAACUCUCGAUUGGUGGCCUCGCGAGAAGUGUAACUAUGAUCAGUGUCCAUGGGGAGAAUCUUCAGUCCUGAACCUGGACUUGACUCAUCCCUUUCUUGCAAAAUCCGUUGGAGCUUUUAGUCCAUUGCGGAUACGAAUUGGAGGUUCAUUGCAAGAUCAAGUUGUGUAUGGCUUUCCGAAUCCGGGGAGUCGAUGUCUUCCCUUUUCGAAGAUGAUUGGUGGUCUCUUUGGUUUUUCUAAAGGAUGUUUGAGCAUGGCAAGGUGGGAUGAGCUAAACCAUCUAUUUCAGAAGGCAGGAGCUGUUAUCACAUUUGGUCUAAAUGCACUAUACGGGAGGCACCGCGCGCAAGGCGAUAAGUGGGCAGGAGCUUGGAACUCUAGCAAUGCUCAAGAGCUCAUUAAGUACUCCAUAUCGAAAGGAUACAAUGUUGAUUCAUGGGAAUUCGGCAAUGAGUUGAGCGGGCAAGGUAUCGGUGCGAGUGUCAGUGUUGAGCAAUAUGCCAAAGAUUUGAUCGAGCUCAAAGCUAUCAUGAAAGAGUCGUACAAAUACAAAGGUUCGGUGGCAAAAUUGGUCGCUCCCGGAGGUUUCUUUGAUCAGCAAUGGUAUGCUCAGCUCCUGCGGGACUCUGGUUCAGGCACGAUCGAUGCCAUGACACAUCAUAUUUACAAUCUAGGUGCAGGUAAUGAUUCUCACAUACAAGUAAAGAUUAUGGAUCCACAGUACCUGAGUAGGGAAGCGGACACAUUCAGAAUUCUUCAACUCACUAUCGAGAGGAAUGGACCGUGGUCCUCUGCUUGGGUCGGCGAAGCUGGAGGUGCAUUCAACAGUGGCAAUCGGUUCGUGUCCAAUAAAUUUCUCAACAGCUUCUGGUACUUGGAUCAACUUGGCAUGGCAUCGAAGUACAACACCAAGGUUUAUUGCAGACAGACGUUGAUAGGAGGGAACUAUGGUCUCCUCGAUUUGAAUACUUUCGUUCCAAAUCCUGAUUACUAUAGUGCCCUACUAUGGCAUCGACUAAUGGGGAAAGGAGUGCUUUCUAUCGAUGUCGGUGGUUCGUCAUACUUGAGAGCCUAUGCCCAUUGCACGAAAGGAAAAGAAGGCAUCUCUGUGCUGCUGAUUAAUCUAAGCAAAUUCACCAGGUUCAGUGUGAGUGCCCUCAAUGUUCUCCAUGUCGAAGACGACGACGACGACGACUCCGACUCCGACUCCAUCAAAGCAUCAGUGGAGUUUGGAAACAGAGAAGAGUAUCAUCUCACAGCAAAAGAUGGCAACCAUUUGAGCCAAACUGUGUUGUUGAAUGGCACUCCAUUGGAGCUUACUGAAGAGGGAGGCAUUCCACCUCUGAAUCCUGUGAAUGCUAUUGCUAAAUCGCCUAUUGAUGUGGCUCCCUUGUCCAUUGCCUUUGUUGUCUUCCCCAACUUGGAUGCAAAAGCUUGCUUGAGAUAAUGCAACCAUAAAUUGUAGUAAAUAGCAGCUAAUUACUUUGUCAAAUUGUUGUUGUCCAACUCCAUAUUCAUGGAAUGAGUUGGAUAAGUUUCUCAUGCUUUUAAGAAGACAUAUUACUUUGUCAAUUGGUGAUU